AUGGUCUAUUCCUCUAAGAAGCUGUUCUUGUUCUUCCUCUCGUGCAUUAUGCUGACUUUCAACUAUAACACUAGUGGCUUCGUAGCCGCAGCAAAUAGCAUAGGCUUGAACUACGGCCUCCUCGGAGAUAACUUCCCAACUCCAUCCAAUGUUCUCAACCUUUACAAGUCCAUAGGCAUUACAAAAAUCCGAAUCUUCGACCCAAAAACAGAGGUUCUUAACGCCUUACGCGGCCACCGUAAUAUUGAAGUCACUGUUGGCGUGAGGGACCAGGACUUGGGUGCUCUUUCAGCUAACGAAGAAGCUGUUAAGGGCUGGUUUGCAACCAACAUCGAGCCUUACUUAGCCGAUGUCAACAUUGCGUUCAUUACUGUUGGUAAUGAAGUCAUCCCCGGACCAAUCGGUCCUCAAGUGCUUCCGGUCAUGCAGUCUCUUACCAUCCUCGUCAAGUCGAUGAACCUUCCCAUCUCGAUAAGCACCGUGGUGGCUAUGUCGAAUCUUGAGCAAUCAUACCCACCUUCUGCUGGAGAGUUCACGUCUCAAGCGCGAGAACAACUUGUCCCCGUGCUGAAACUAUUGUCUCAAACAAGUACGCCUAUUCUCGUCAAUAUUUACCCUUACUUUCCUUACGCAUCCGACCCAACGAACAUCCCUCUAGACUAUGCUACCUUCAACACUAAGGCCACCGUCGUCCAAGAUGGACCAUUGGGCUAUUCAAACAUGUUUGAUGCAAUCUUUGACGCAUUCGUGUGGGCAAUGGAGAAGGAAGGCGUGAAAGAUUUACCCAUGGUGGUGUCCGAGACCGGAUGGCCAUCUGCCGGAAAUGGGAACUUAACCACACCGGAUAUCGCGGGUACUUACAACAGAAAUUUCGUGAAACAUAUAGUAAGCGGGAAGGGAACGCCUAAGCGACCCAACAAUGGAAUGGAUGGGUUUUUAUUUGCAACGUUCAACGAAAAUCAAAAGCCGGCCGGGACUGAUAUGAAGCCCAUCUAUAAGCUAUUUUAA